CCCCGUUUUAUCAGAAAACAUUCAUAGUGAAAGUUAGAAAAGAACAAGCCACGGAAAGCAAGAGCAGGUGACACAAUUCUGUCGGAUAAAAUUAGGAGGCUUCUCUCAGUUGUAUGUCAGCAACAUCAAUGAAGAGUGACCGUUCAAUGGAUUCCCCUCGUUAUUUCAAAGAGAGAGAAAAGGUCUCUCAGCCAAAAGCAGAACCAGGAGAACCAUGUGACAUCUGCUCUGAGCGCAGAGCCAUGAAGCUUUGUCUGACCUGCUCUGUCUACUACUGUGAGAAACACAUGAGGAAGCACUUCAUAAUACAAGCACUGAGGAGACACGUCAUGGUGGAUGUCACUGAAGAAGUCGUACUACAGAGAAACACCUCGGAGAAGAAGAGGAGAGAGGAGCAGGAGGAAGAGGGAAGGAGACAGGGACAGGAGGAGGGGCUGAGGUGGCAGACGAGGAAGGAGGACUUUAGGGAAGAGGAGAGGGGGCACCAGGAGGCUGCGGAACAACAGUGCAGAGAGAAGGAGAGGGAGAGAGAGCGAGAGAAGGAGAGCGAGAGAGAGAGGGAGAAGGAAAGAGAGAGGGAGAGAGAGAGGGAGAAGCAGCAGCUAUCGAUAGGGGACUCCUAUGGCUGUACUGACCAGGUCCAGCCUGAGACAUCCAGGGUAGACAGGGCAAAGUCCAAAUCCAUUCCUGAGCUGGACCAUGUGGAGGCAUCAUGGAUAAAGGGCCAGCAGAUCCUGCCCAAGGCGCAGCUGGAGAGGCAGCAGAACCUGCCCAAGGUGCAGCUGGAGAGGCAGCAGAACCUGCCCAAGGUGCAGCUGGAGAGGCAGCAGAACCUGCCCAAGGUGCAGCUGGAGAGGCAGCAGAACCUGCCCAAGGUGCAGCUGGAGAGGCAGCAGAACCUGCCCAAGGUGCAGCUGGAGACGCAGCAGAUCCUGCAGAUGAAAAAGAAAGUCAGACUACGCAACGACGACAGCUGGAUCCGCCAGUGUUCCACCAGCAAGCCUCCUGCCACCGGACCCAUCAGGAAAGGCAAGUCUCUCGACAACCUGGACAUCUGCUCUUCCUGGCGCUCGUCGUGGACACCGGAGAGCACCUCCUCCAUCCUCAACUACAGUUGGCCUCACUCUGCCCUCAACAGCUACAUCGGCCGGGUCGGAGGUCAUUCCGGCUCAGCCACUAUGUCCUCUCUCUCCAUGAGCUCACUCAGAGGAGCCGGGGUUGGAAGCAACCAGUCUUCAUGGUCCCAGCGCUCUCCCUCACCCUCCUCCUCCUCCUCUUCCCCCUCCCCUUCUACUGGCCCCAAGUCCCAGUCAUUCCUAUCCGUGCAUGAAAGCAGCAGGACAGUGAGUGGCAAGGAAAUGUGUAGGUUGUGUGACACGGCGCUGGUCGAGGGAGCCGCCGUGGUCAUCGAGUCCCUGGGGCUCGUUUAUCAUUUGACCUGUUUCAAAUGCAUCAACUGUAAGUCCGAGCUGCUGGGCGCAUCGGAGGUCGGAGCGGAGGUCAGAAUACGGAACCGACGGCUCUUCUGUGACUCCUGCUACGUGAUUGAAAAGUGGACAGUCAACCUCCGUGAGAAACGAGUCAAAAAGAUUUUCAGAAGUAAAAGCAAGAUGCACCAGCAGUGUUGUUUCCUAAGAGAGCAAAUGAAACACAGUGGGCAGAACAAGGAGUUUCAAGUGAAGUUGUAUUGUCACAUGCACAGGAUUAGCAGGUCGAACACAGUACAGUGAAACGUUAACUUGUGAGCUCUUUCCCAACGAUGCACAACGAAGCCAGUGAGAAAGAAAUAACAACCGGACAUGAAAGAAGAAACAUGAGGAUGCUGUUAUAUACAGGUCUGAUAUACAGGUCUGAUAUACAGGUCUGAUAUACAGGUCUGAUAUACAGGUCUGAUAUACAGGUCUGAUAUACAGGUCUGAUAUACAGGUCUGA